CCGGUGCCACCUCUAGGCAGGAGGGAUCACCCUGAGCUCAGCAAUGGGCUCCCUCUUGCCCCUCAGAGCCCUGUGGGUGGCCGAGGUGCCCCUGGCCUGGCAGAGACACCUGCCGGGGGCUGAGGCCCGGACGGCCUGACCUGAGGAGAUGCUGCUUUCAGCCAUGGCAGAGCCAUGGGAAUCGCAGGACAGUGGCUCAGCGACCUCGACAGGGGCGGCCACCACUCCCAGCACCAUGCGUCACCGGAGCCCCCUGCCGGAGGUGAGGGAAGAGGAGACCCCGCUGACGAGCGCCCGCCGGCUCUGGGCCUUGCUCCGGGGGGGCAUCCGGGCCACUACGGAGAAGAUGAAGAAGGAAGAGCUGAAGGCUGCCCAGUUGACCCACGGCCUCCAGCACCUGCGUCACCUCAGCUUCCCGCAGCCCGUGCGCCACGUUGCCUACAACAGCAGCACCAGCCUCUUCGUGGUCCUGGACGCGGAGAGCCAGCUGCACCUGCACAAGGAGGACGGCUGGUUCAGCCACGGCACCCAGGCCCCGGAGCCCAUCGCGGGCUUGCUGUAUGCCACCCAGGUCAACAAGUACGUGGCCUGGGACCAGGGCAGCCUGCAGGUGCUGGGCCCAGCCUUCGAGGUCCUCUCCAAGGUGCUGGCCCCGCAUGGCAUCUGUUGCUGCCGCUACAGCCCAGAGCUCAAUCAGGUGGUGACAGCUGGAGCGGGCAGCCUGUCCAUCUGGGCCUUCCGCUAUGGAUUCUCCCAGCUGCAGUGCCAGGCCACCGUGCAGCAGGGCCUGUCCCCUCGCGACACCUUCACCCGGCUGGCCCUGGACACCUGCGUCCCCCAGAAAUGCUUUGCUGCCUGCGGCACCGGGGUUGCUGUCUUCAACAUCUCCCAGGGGGAGCUACUGACCUUCCAGAGGGACCUUCACAACAGGGCCAUCACUGACAUCGUCUAUUGCGAGGCAGGGGCGUGCGUGGUGACGGCUUCCCGCGACACCACCAUCAAGGUCUGGGACGAGAAGUGGCUGAUCCAGACAAUCUUCGUGGGACACACUGGGCCUGUGACCGCUGUGACCAUCUACCCCCAGGGACCCCUCAUCCUCUCUGCCUCCCAGGACGGCACCAUUCGCACCUGGAACCUGCAGACCAUUGACCAGGUGGACGAAGUGCAUGUGGCCGAGGUGGUGGAGCAUCUGCAGACGCACCCAGAGGGCGGGUACGUGGUCUCGCUGACCGGCUCCACCGUGGACCUUUGGAAGGUCAACCAGCUCUACUCCCUGCACACCCGGCUGGGUGCCGCCGUGACGCGCCUCUGUACCAUCGACCUGAGUGCCGUGGGCAGCUUUCCGGUGCGGGCUGUGUGCGCGUGCCAGGACUCCACCGUGCGGCUCGUGGCCGCGCACACCGGCCGCAUCCUCUCCACCCUGCUGCUGGACAGGCCCUGCCAGGCCGUGGAGGUGGCCUACUGUCUGCCCAAGGAGACCCUGUUCGUGCUGCUGGAGCUGGGCCAGCUCCUGAGGGUGAACGCCGCGGUCAACCCCAUGAGCGUCAAGAAGAUGGUGGCGCCCUGGAGCGAGUCGGCACGGCCCUGCUGCCUGCUCGUCUACAGCCACAUCGUGGACCCCAAGAAGGCCUAUGCGCAAUGGCGGGAGAUCGUGGAGCAGAAAGGGGACAAGAAGUCCUGGGCACAGCUCCCGCUAAAGCUGCAGGACAAAAACAGGUACCUGCUAGUGCUGGGACAGGAGGACGGCUCGCUCUGCGUGCUCCGGUGGUUCACCGGGCGUGUUCAGUACCAGGUGGAGGCUCACGGCUCGGAGAGGGUGACCGCGCUGGCUGCCUAUCCCCACGACACCUGGAUCAUCUCAGCCGGUGAGUGCGCUGAGCACUGGGCGGCAGGGCUUUCUGUGCACCCCCAGUGACUGCCGGCCUGGGGCAGGGAUCCCCACGGAGACCUUGGAGGGCGGAGCCCUCCCUGUGCAGCGAUGGCAUGGACGGGGCCCCAGGGGGCAGGGGUCAGGUCCUCACGGGCUGGAGAAGUCCUGGCCACAGAGCUCACAAAACCCAGUCGCUAAAGAGGGAGGGAACCGCAGAGCAGAGGGGUCAGUAGAAGAGUCCAUGGGCCUUGGGCGCGGCCUGGGAGGGUCUUCCCCCGUCGCCCAUCCUGGGGGCGGGCAGGGCGUUCCCCCAUCCCCAGAGGUCAGGACACUCCACCAUUCCCCAGCCUCGGAGGGACCAGGUGUCCCCCGCAUCCCGGGAGGAAGACAGAUGUUUCCCCCAUGACCCGGGGGGCAGGAGCUGAGGGAUUGUCCCCCAUUUCCAUCCGUUUCGCGUGUUUCAUCAAACUAAUGAAAAGCUCUGUGACAAUGGCACCUGAAAGGAGAAGUCUGGGUAGUUUGCAGCAAGGCCCCUGUGAGCCGACCGCCCCAGCCAGGCCACAGCCCAUGCGGGUGGGGGCUGACGGGGGCCAGGGCCAGGGCCUGCUGCAGCCCAGCGUGGGGCCUGGUGGGAGAAGCCUGGCAGUGCCCCCCUGCCUGGCCCGCUGCAGGUGGUGAUCGCACGGUGAAAGUCUGGCGCAUCUUCCCCUACAUUGACGAGUGCCUGACCCUGCUGCGGAGCUUCUCCUGCCAG